AAAUGGCUAACCGCUAUGUAAACAAGUGUGUGAUGCUUAUGGCUGGUUAACUGGAAGCAGCUCCUCGACUUUCACUUCCAGCAACUGAAAAUAUGAUUAGUUCAAUCAUGGAGUCUGUGCUCCACAAGCGGCGAAUGAAUCUUCUCCGGCAUGUGGUUGUCUGUUAGCGAUGGCUGGAGUUAAAUCCAGCAGGCAGGGUUACAUGAAGGAAAUGCAGCUGUGAUCCUGAAUGAUUAGGACGUAUUUUCCGUUAGCAGCUCUGAGAAAGGACAGAGUAGACGGGGUUAUGAUGUGGAGUGCUUAAAUUAGAAUAAAAAAUAUCAGUAUGCUGCGUUAAGUUAUCAGACAAACCAGCAUUUGAAUAUAAUUUGGGGUGUAAAACUGCUGUUUCAGAUUCUGUGCCCAAUGGGUGGCUGUGUCUGGGAGUAGACCAUGAACCUGAGCGAGAAGAGGCCCAACAAGUGGUGGACUGAGCCGGACACGUUCGCCAUGCUCACCCUCAUAGAGCAGUUGGACCUGGUCCGGGAGUUGGACAAGAAGCGCCAGCGUAACGAGUCUCACUUUCGCCGCCUGCGCCAGAGCCUGGCCAAAAGGGACAUCCACUUCACUGUCAACCAGAUCCGUAACCGCUGGAAAAGCCUCAAGCACAAGUACCGGAAGAUCAAGUUGGCGACUUACCGCAGUCCCGCUGCACGCCUCUCUGCCAUGGAGUCCUUUCGCUACUUCCGCAGGUUGGAUCGCAUGCUGGCCUGCAGGCCCAGGUCAGGAGGUCCAGAAGAAGGCGAAUGCAGCCUAGUUGGCCAGUCGGAUUUGGAGGAUCACACAAACAUUCUAGGUGAUGUUGGCCAAUCAUGUCCUGUAGCUCCUUGGUCUGGUGGUGCUUCGCUUGAGUCUGAAACCGAAAGCAUUGCCCCUAAGCUGGAAUCCAGUGCUGAUGAGGAAGUGAAUGCAGAGGAGCUUGCCAGAACAGAGCAUCCAAGCUGGGCUGCAGGCAGCCACGAGGUCAUGACGCUGGGACUGUCCGGAGAGUACCUUUAUGCCGUCAAGACUGAACCUCAUUCAGAUCUCAACCCUGUUCCUACUGUUGAUAGAAGUAGCGAGGCCACUGACAGCAGACAAACCGCAUUUCCAGGCACUUCGGAGGAUAUCUGCACCCUGAUCUUACAGCAGCUCACAAUUCUGAACCACCAACUGGAAGAGCAGCUAGCAGAGCAGAGAGCCUUCCACUGCAGCAUGCUGGGUAUGAUGGACAGGCAAAUCGAGGUGCUGGAGCAGCUCUCUAGCUUCACCCAGAGCCACUGCCGCCAGCCCAAGCCUGAACCCAGCGAGACUGAUUCAUCAAUCAACCAGAAAGUCCAUGAAACCCUGCUGCGAAUCCUGAGGGGAAUGGAGAACCAGGUGCUUCAGCCAUGCCUCUCUAGACCUCCACCUUCAACACCUCCCCCCUGGACGGUUUCUCUUGUGGAGGUCCACAAAAGCUCUUCUAGUGUUGAUGUGGAGGUAAACAAUGAAGCUGAGAACAGUAAGUCUACAGAUGGGUGCAAACACAACUCUUCCAGCCUUCCAGCUUCAGAGCUGCUCUCUUCUUCUCCCAUAAAUGGUACUUUGCAGAAUGGACUCUGUUAAUGCAAGUGAGUAUUGCUCACAACUGUGAGGCUUCAGAUAUAUCCUAAGCCUUUAAGCAUGUCGAGAAAGGACAUCCUCUUCAGUUUUUUGUAUUUCUGCAUUUGGUAAAUGAAUUAGUUGAUAUAUGCCUUUAUGUAUUUCUGUAGUUAAAUGAACGACGCUUACUUGCUGUUAUGAUUAGCACUUUGGAAGAGGCCAACCAUUCUAAACUUUGAGGGCUUAGGCAGUAGGAACUAGGCCUGGGCGAUAGGGCCAUGUAAUUGGAUAUUGUCGAUGACUGACAGGUAACCUGAUGACAGUGCUUAAAAGACAAUAAUCACCAUGUUGGAGAAAAAGAACUGACAGAGCACCAGUGAGGACUAAUUUACCUUUAAACAGCUUGCUCAAUAAUGUUAAAUAAUAUGUGCACAUAAUGUUUUAUUCACUUUUUCUGUUAAAACAUUGGGUAUUAUGGAGCCUUGAAAGGUUGUUUAAGCAACGAUUGAGUAAAUUUCCCACUGUCUCUGCUACAGGUUUCCUGGUAUGUGGUUCAAAUUAGUUAAAUUAUGAAAAUUUUGAAAACAUAAUACUUUGUGCUUUUCCAAAGAGAUCUGUUGCUGAUUUCCAGAGUGAUUCCACUAUAACAACAGAAAACACUUUGUUAUUUCAAUAUAUAAAGCAUGUGAGUUUGGCUUUGGAAAUUACUCAUUUAGUGCAUGUGUUGCAGUCUGAAGAUUAUCCAGCAAGGGGCACUAUUGGUACACAAGUCACCAUGAAUAUACCCCAGAAGCAGGGUAUUUUAUUAUUUUAUAUGAUUUUAAUUUAACAUUAAUUUAACAUUAAUAGUUAAUGUUUAAGAACAGCAUAUAAACUAAAUAGAAUAGAAAGUAGGUUUUAUACUGCGUUCAGGUGCUCAUAGGAAGGUUGUAUAUACCAUAUGGUUAAUUAGUAAAUAUGACUUCAACCCGUUCGGGGACUUCAUAAUUUGAUACACCCACCGCACAGAUAAAGAAAGCCUGGAGGUCUGGAAAAAUACUUAUUUGUUUUGUUAAAAAUUACAUUAAUAUCAUAGAAGUGCGUUAAGUAUUUUAUUUUUUUCACAUUCACUGCAAGUUGAUUGUUUUUCACUCAUGUAAAAGUGUUUAACUAGAAAAUAUUGUGCUAUUGAAUUUCAGAAGUCGCCCAGGCCUAGUAGAAACCCAUUUCUUUCUCCCUCUGCCAUUGAGCACUUUACCCAGCAAAAUUUGCGCAAUUUGGAGACAGAUUCAUUUAGAGAGUUUGCUUAUUUUCAUUGGCCAAGAUCUUGGCUUGUGCAGCGUUUGAAUGGCUGAUUACACAGAUCACCAUCAUGAGGUGAUAAAAGAUUAAAAAAUGAUUCACAGUAUGUUUGAUUAAAAACACCAUUAUCAAGCUACUUCAUUAGCUAUGAAAAGUACCAACUGCUUUUCUAGAACAAAAUACUUUAAAAUUUAAAAUUCUUUGAUGUUAAUAAUGUGUUUACUUUUUUAGCCGCAAGCAGUGAUUCAAGUCACUGCCUCACUUUUUUUUUUUUUACAUGAGAAAUUUUAGCACGCACUACAUGCAUUAGUAAAAUAACCCUGUACUGAUGUUUUAGUUGAGGGAUGUUAGACAAUUUUAAGUGUAUUAAAGUGUAGACAAUAUACACUCACUGGCCAUUUUAUUAGGAACAAUGUUGGUUAGAACACCCUUUUACUCACAGAACAUGCUGAAUUCUUCAUGGCAUGGAAUAAAUGUAAUUGCUGCAGAUUUGUCAACUGCACGUUCAUGCUGUGAAUCUCCCAUUCUACCACAUCCCAAAGGUACUGCUGGAUAUACAUCUAGCAACCGGGGCGGCCAUUGAAGUACCUUAAGCUCAUUGUCAUGUUUAUGGAGCCAUUUUGAGACAAUCUGAUGCUUUGUGACAAGGCGCAUUAUCAUGGUGGAAGUAGCUGUUAGAAGAUAAAAUGUGGUCAUAAAGGGAAGAAUAUUGUGAGCAUUUAUACUCAGAUAAGCUGCAGCAUGCAAAUGAUGCUGUUCAAUUAGUGUUAGGAGCCCCAGUGUGUGCCAUUAUACUAGCACUACCAGCUUGAGCUGUUGACACAAGGCAAGCUGGGUCCAUGGAUUCAUUGCUGUUUAUGCCAAAUUCUGACUCCACCAAGUGCACGUCAGAGUAGAAUCAAGAUUCUUCAGACCAGGCAAUGUUUUUCCAUCUUCAGCUGUCAAGUUUUGGUGAGCCUGCACACACUGUAGCGUCAGAUUUGUGUUCCUGCUUGACAAUAGUGGAACACAAUGUGGUCUUUUUGUUGUAUCCCAUCCAUCUCAAGGUUUGAGGUGUUGCACAGUCAGAGAUGUUUUUUCUGAUCAGUGGUGAAGUGUUAAUGUCGGCUCAAAGAAGUCUAGCCGUUCUCCACUGAACUCUUCCACCACAGAAAUGCUGCUCAAUUGAUGUUUUUUGUCUUCUGCACCAUUUUGUUUAAAUUCUAGAGACUGUUUGUGUGAAAAUCUCAGAUCACCAGUAUCUGAAAUACUUAAAAUCACCUUUGGCACCAACAACCAUACCAUGGUCACUGUUUUCCUCCAUUGUGAUGUUUAAUGUGAUUGAUACGCGAAACUCUUGACCCUUGUCUGCAUGAUUUUAUGCAUUGCGCUGCUGCCACCUGAUUGAAUAAUUACAUGACUAAGCAGGUGUACAAGUGUUCCUAAUAAAAUGGCUGGUAAGUGUGUAUGCACUGUUUAUUUAUUGAUCUGUCGACUCUGUUACAUAACAAAAUUAGUAACAUUAAAGGAAAAUAGAUUAGCUUGAUAAAGUGAUAUGUUGACUGGAACUCACGUAAAACAUGCUGCUUCUUUCCAUUUUGUCUUUUUUAUUACUAAUGCUUAGUGGAGCGCUGAGCAGCCCAGCUAAAAGUGCUCAGUGUAUCUUAGUGACUGACUGUGGAUUGUUGAAACAGUUGUGCUCACAUGCAAAGUGGACUAAUUUUUAAUCCUCAAUACAGUAAUAAAUGACUCUGCCCUAAAGAGAAA